CAUACAGCAGGUAACCGCGCAGAGAGGAAGCGGCUGCGCUAAGCUAAGUACCUGCGGAGGGAAAACACGAAGCAUUUAAAUAAAAAUAAAAACUCCAUCAUGCAGUCUCCAGCUGUGAGGAGGAGGUUUGGUGGAGUUUCCCUGUUUGAUUUCCUGGAUGUGGAUCAGUCCGAGUCCCUCUCUCAGAGCAGCAGUUCUGCUGGAGGAGGUUCAGACCAGGAUCAGGAUCAGGAGGAGAACCUUCUGAUCGGGUCCAUUCAGGGGACUAUAGUGGGUCUGCGUUACUACACUGGAGUGGUGAACAGGGGCGAGAUGGUGUCUCUGGUGAGGGAGCCGCAGAACCCAUACGACAGGAACGCAGUGAAGGUGACGAACGUAUACGGCGUCCAGGUGGGACACAUUAAGAAGGAGCUGGCCGCCGCAAUGGCCCACAUAAUGGACAGGAAACUGGCGAAGGUGGAAGGAGUCGUGCCUUUCGGACAGAAUUAUAAGUUCUCGAUGCCCGUGGAACUGACAUUCUGGGGUAAAGAGGAGAACCGAGAAGCUGUUCACUCGCAGAUGAAACGUCAUGGAUACAAACUCGGCAGCUCAGCUAAAGGGAGCUCAUCUGUAGCGUCCUGGGAGCGGCGCGGAUUUGCCGGAUCGUCCUCUGAGAUUCCUCCGAUCGCUCUAACAGAGAAGCAGCUGAAAAAUGCUUUUGAUAAGCUGUUUGAAGACAUGUUGGUGGACAGAACUCAAGAGAUGGAGGCUGCAGAGGCGGUGCGGACUCCUCUUCUCCGCCACCAGAAGCAGGCGCUGUGCUGGAUGACCUCCAGAGAAAACAACACUGCCCUCCCUCCGUUCUGGGAGCAGAAGAGUGGACUGUACUUCAACGUUCUGACCAACUUUGCUGUGAAAGAGAGACCAUCGAGCGUCCUGGGGGGCAUUCUGGCUGACGAUAUGGGCUUGGGUAAAACUCUGACCACCAUCGCACUGAUACUCUCCAACUUCCACGAUGGGAAACCUCUACGUCUGCAGAACUGGGGAGGAGAACGUUCUGACGCUGGGCCGUCCACAUCCAAAGCAAUCCCUAAAGGUUCUCCAAAAGUUAGGUCUGGACACAACACAGAUCCAGAGAGACGAACUCAGACGUCCAGUUUAAAAAGACCUCAUGCCAAGUCCAGCUGCGCUGAUGAUGAUGAUGAUGACGUUGUGUUCGUCUCUCAGUCGGCUCCUCGCAGUAAAAAAGAGGGCGGCGCUAUGCAGACGCAGAGAACCUCAGACAGCAAACACAAACGGAGCGCUGUGGUUCUGUAUGAUGUGGGUUUUGGUUCUGCGUUGGAGUCCGGCUGUUCCUCUUCCUCCAAGAGCAGCAGAAAGAAGAUCUCCGCUAAGAGCAGCGGUGCUGAUAAUCAUUUAGUCAGACCGACGCUGAUCGUGUGCCCUCUGUCUGUGCUCAGCAACUGGAUGGAUCAGUUUGAGCUGCAUGUGCGUGAGGACGUGAAGCUGAACGUUUAUCUGUAUUACGGUCCAGACCGGCGCCGUGAGGUCAGCUUCUUGUCUAAACAAGACGUUGUUCUGACCACCUACAGCGUUCUGUCCUCAGAUUAUGCUAACACAGAGCGCAGCGCUCUACACAGAAUGAGGUGGCUGCGGGUGGUGCUGGACGAAGGUCAUGUGAUCAGGAACCCGAACGCUCAGCAGAGUAAAGCGGUCCUGGAGCUGAAUGCUGAGCGGAGGUGGAUCCUGAGCGGAACCCCCAUUCAGAACUCUCUGAAGGACCUGUGGAUGCUGAUCUGCUUCCUGAAGCUGAAGCCGUUUGAUGUCCGGGAGUGGUGGACGCGGGUCAUCCAGAGGCCGGUGAUGAUGGGGGACAGAGACGGGCUGAAGAACCUUCAGGGUCUGGUGAAGACCAUCACUCUGCGCCGCACGAAGACCAGCAGAGUGGACGGACGAGCUCUCUUAGAGCUGCCAGAGAAGAAGGUGUACGUCCAGCAGGUGGUGCUGUCUCUGGAGGAGAGGGAGGAGUACGAGCGGGAGAAGGCAGAGGGGAGGAGCAUCAUCAGCAGGUACGUGAGGGAGGACAGUGUGAUGAGGAACUACGCUGACGUGCUGGCUAUUCUGGUGCGUCUGAGGCUGAGCUGCUGUCACUGUGACCUGGUGGGGAAACAAGCACCGGCUGGAACAGAGACCGUCUCUCCUGAUGAACUACGCGAGCGUCUGCUCAGUAAGGUCCGGCUGGUUCUGAGCUCGGGGUCAGAUGAGGAGUGUUCGGUGUGUUUGGAUUCUCUGAGGCAGCCCGUCAUCACACACUGCGCUCACGUCUUCUGUAAACCCUGCAUCUGUGAGGUCAUCCAGUCCCAAACGGGAGGGGCGAGGUGUCCUCUGUGCCGAGCUGAUAUUAAGUCCACAGAGCUGGUGGAGUUUCCUGGAGAAGAGGAUGACAGUGGAAUCGCAGAAGGAAAGGAAACGUGGCGCUCCGGCUCUAAAGUAGACGCUCUGAUGAAAAACCUGCUAAAACUCCGCAGUGAAGAUCCCACCAUCAAGAGCCUGGUGGUCUCUCAGUUCACCAAGUUCCUGAACCUUUUAGAAGUGCCUUUACGGGAUUGUGGGUUCUCCUUCACCAGGCUGGACGGCUCUAUGUGUCAGAAAGCCAGAGUGAAAGCCGUGAGCGAGCUGCAGGACACUUCUCCAGGAAGCCCCACUGUAAUGCUGCUGUCACUUAAAGCUGGAGGGGUGGGACUUAACCUGGCUGCCGCCUCCCGAGUCUUCCUCAUGGAGCCGGCGUGGAACCCUGCUGCAGAGGACCAGUGUGUUGACCGCUGUCACAGACUUGGACAGAGCAGAGACGUCGUCAUCACCAAGUUUGUGGUGAAGGACUCCGUGGAGGAGAACAUUGUGAAGAUCCAGAAGAAGAAGCAGGAGCUGGUGGAGAAGGUUUUAGGAGCGAGGAGUGCUGAGGAGAGGAAGCGGGCGAGAAUAGAGGAGAUCCGCUCGCUCAUGGAGAUCUAACUGCUCUGCUGAUCAAGGGUCCGUGCUGAGAGCGGACCACCACCUCACUGUUUCUGUUUGUUUUAAUGUGUGAUAGUUUAUGUUUGGUUGAUUUUCUGUUUGUUAUUGACGUUUAUCACACAUUCCAAACGCAGUCUAUCAUACACACUGUGGACCAUAAAUCAGUGUUGUGUUACAGGGAAACACCACUGAUUUUCCAAAAUUCCCCCAUAAUUCAGUGUGUGAGGUGUAAUCAGAGAGAUUCAGAGCAGUUUGGUGUGAAGCGGUUCAGACGUCUUUACAGUGGUGGUGAUGGGAACCAGGCGUCAGAU